GAGGAAUUCCAAAUGACGAAGCGUUGUGCAGGUGACCUCAAAUGUGUUGGUGUCCAAGACGUCAUCUUUGCUGUGGACCUGUCUGCUUCUAAUGUUUUUGCGGCUAGUACUUCAGGAGAGGACUCAGCCGCGGGUGCUACAUCUUCAAGUACAACUACAUCCAAAGCAACCCCUGCUCUCGAACGCCACAGCCACGCCUCGCAAGAGAAAGCAAAGGCGACUCAAAAGUUCCUCGCUUCGAUCCUGAAGCGCAU